UUGUUUUGAUUACACACCACGCACUCCGUCGCUCACACCAACGCUGAACGAUUUUAGUGCGCACAAUAAUUCUACGCCCUAAAACACCAGUCACUACGGGUGCAAUUCGCGUGCGACUUACAUCAUUGAAUCAGCUGUUUUCCUGUGACAGUUGAAUGCUAAGAUGGCGUCCGUCUGAAUUUAGACAAAGAAGGUAGUGUAAAUAAUCAACGUUUGCCAGUGAAAAGCGAAGUGAUCGCCGCGAUAACAACCGAAACUAACGCCGUUUAAUUGUGAUCAACAAAAUGCUGGACCUCGAGAUCGUGCCCGAGCGUUCGUUAGGCUGUGAACAAUGGGAGUUUAUCCUAGGAAUGCAUUUCUCUCAAGCAGUUGCAAUUAUUCAAUCACAAGUUGGCUUAAUUAAAGGUGUCCAAGUACUUUAUAAUGAUAGUAAUCCAUUAGAAAUAGAUAUAAUUAUUAAUUUACCUCAAGAUGGCAUCAGAUUAUUUUUUGAUCCAAUUGUCCAAAGACUUAAAAUUAUUGAAAUCUGCAAUAUGAAAAUGGUCAAACUUAAGUAUUGUGGUUUGCACUUCAAUUCUCCUGAAGUCCUACCGUCGAUUGAACAAAUCGAGCACUCCUUCGGCGCCACGCACCCAGGAGUCUACGACUCCGAGAAGCAGCUGUUCGUGCUGAACUUCCGUGGCCUCUCGUUCUACUUCCCCGUUGAGUCGAAAUUCCAGACGAGUAGUACCCACAACCUCGGCUCACUUCACUUCCCUGCCGGCUCCUCUCCGCUGGUCUCACGCAUGGCCGUCUAUCACGGCGCCAGCGUCGAAGUGGCCACAGCUCCUGAGCUCCCAUUGAGUUGCUACCAUGGUCAGCUCUACCUCUGCAAGGCGGAGGUAUUGCGCGGCGAGACGUACACGAAGGGUGUCCGGCUCACGCUGAUGACCAGUGGAAACUCGCGCCGGAUAGACUCGUCCAAACUGCAGCUGGAGCGCGAGAUCCUGCUGGGCAACUCGGCGCAGGAUGUGGCCUCCGCGCUCGGCGCACCUUCGAAGGUAUUCUACAAGAGUGAGGACAAGAUGCGAAUUCAUUGUCCAAAUGCGCACCGACGAGUCACCGCCACGAAGAGCGAUUAUUUCUUUAAUUAUUUCACGCUUGGUUUGGAUGUGUUGUUUGAUGCGCGCACUCAUCUGGUGAAAAAACUUGUUCUGCACACUAAUUAUCCCGGUCAUUAUAACUUCAAUAUGUAUCAGCGGUGCGAGUUCACAGCGCCGUUGAAUAACAUCGAAGUCACUGCGUACUGCCGCUGGGAUGAGUUAUGCAAAAAGUUGACACCCAGUGAACGGCCCGUGGUGUUGAACCGAGCCAGUUCAACGAAUACCACAAAUCCCUUUGGUAGCACUUUUUGCUACGGCUAUCAGGAUAUUAUAUUCGAGAUUAUGCCGAAUAAUUAUAUAGCUUCUAUGAGCAUUUAUGGCGAUGGAAAACCAUCCGAAGAAGAGUGUGAGCAGGCGUGACAGAGGCUAUCUGCCACCUACCUCAUUCUUGCUAACAGGUACUGGCAACCAUAAAACAUUUAAAUAUGCCCCCCAAAAAAAUCACAAAUUAUCAAGUAAAAUCGAAAAAAAAUCUAUUACGCUAUGCAUCUCACUCGUUAUUAGCCAUAUAAUUAUUUUGUAACAACACUCGGAUUGAAUGCUGCUCGGCCAGGAAAUAGUAUUAAGUUAGGACGAAUUUUAAGUUAAUUAAUUACGGAUACACGGCCGACUAACCGACGAGAAACAAACAAAUAGGGUACACCUUUUAGUUGAUAUUUAAAUAGUGAUUAUGUAUCUCAUUUUUAAGCUGUGACACAAAAAAAAUUAAAAACUACGUUUAAAAAACCCACCAAAAAUAAGUAUUGUUAUUUUACAUAGAUUUUAUUACGUAUUAAGUUAUUUAACGAUAGCGCGCUUGUCAGACAAGCGCAAGGGUAGUAUCUCUGCUGGUUUUAGUUUUUAAACAGAAAUUAUUAUUUCGCAACCAUCUCAACAUGCAGACAAAAACACAAUCUAUUCAUGCUGCGUCCACAUAAGUAAACGGAUGCGAUAUAUCUAUUUAACUCGUAUAAUCUUGUGGAAUUAAUAUGUAUGCAUCGCUAUCAUUUCAAUGUUGCUCCUUCAACAAGUAUAGACGUAACGUAACAAUAAGAUACAGUUAGUGGAAUGCGUUGAAUGAUGUCAACUUAGAUUUGUUUUUAAGUGGUGUAUCUUUUCUAACGUGGUGAUUACUUCCGAUUCGAUUCAUUUGUAACAAAACUCACGAGAGAGAGCAAUCAUCAAUAACGUUUAAAUAUAUCUAUUAAUACGAAUUAACAAUAACAACAGGUCUAUGUGAUUUUAUCUUGAAAUAGCAAAUGUUAAUAGGAAACUACAUAUGACAACAAACUGCCAUACUUAUUCUUAUUCCCCACUUGGUCAAAGAAAACAAUGGUUAUAUGUAUUAUUACCGCAUGUAUGUACAAAUACUUAGUUUAAUUAUGUUCUUUCUUUCGACGUAAAUGAACCCCGUUCAUCAAAUUGAGUAAGACGCGGCGGCGUAUAGCAUUGCGAUAUGUAUGAAUACACAUUGUGUAAUGAUUGUCGAGUUUAAAAUGUAAAGAAUGUUAAUCCUUGCAUUAUAAACGUAUGUAGAAUGCUCUUUAUAAUUUUCGAUGUAUUUAUAUAUUACAUAUAUAAAUCUCAUUUAGUUAUACACACUUAUUGUAACAAAAUUAUAUAUAUUUAUUAAUACAGGCAAAAACUGAAGAACUAAAAAGUAUAUAUGAAAUGAUUUAAUGAACAUAAUAAAAGUGAAGUAUGGAAACUUA